ACUAGUUUGGUGGUCAGCAAGCACGAUGAGAAGAGGAGACGGGAAGGAGGAAAGGGGAUAUGCUAGCUAGUCCAUCUGUUCCCCAGCAACACCCCACGAGGCCGGCGGCGUCCGUCCGGUAGCGGCGACCAGCACGGCGGCGUCCCGGAAGCGGCCGUUAACCCCAGACGGAUAUCAGGUUGGCAUCCUCCUCCUCCUCCCUCUCGGCUGCGGCUGCGGUUAGCAGGUGCCGCCACGAGCAACAGAGCCAUGUCGCCCACCCCGUCGCUCGGCGGCGAGGAGCAGCUCACGGAGGUGGUGGUGGUCCGGCACGGGGAGACCUCCUGGAACGCCUCCCGCGUCGUUCAGGGACAAAUGGAUCCAGAGCUAAAUGAGAUUGGUAGACAGCAAGGUGUUGUGGUGGCCCGUCGGCUGUCAAGAGAAGCCAAACCAGCUGCCAUAUACUCUUCUGAUUUGAAGCGUGCUGUUGAGACUGCGGAAAUUAUAGCAAAAGCUUGUGGUGUAUCAAAUUUGGUGCUUAACGAAGCACUGAGAGAAAGGCACAUGGGAUAUCUCCAAGGCUUGAAGUGGGAUGAUGCUGUGAAUAAAAACCCAGAUGUUUUUAAAGGCUUUGAUAUUUUUAAAAUUACCAAGGGUUCUGAUCCUGACAGCAGAAACCAAGAAAUACCAGGUGGUGGAGAGAGCCUUAAUCAGCUAACUGAGCGCUGCGUCUCCUACUUGAACAAAAUUGCCCGGGAACACAUCGGUGAACGGGUGGUGGUGGUCUCCCAUGGCGCUGCCAUAGUGGAGCUCUGCCGGCACACUGAUCCACCCAACAGCUCGAUUCGAAGGAACAUCCCCAACACCUCGCUGAAUGUAUUCCAUAUUUUCGGGGUCACUGGCCGGUGGAUCCUUGAGAGGUAUGGGGAUGCUAGCCAUCUGGCUAGUGAAGAUGGCUUUCUGGAGAACGCAUUCGGCGGCGACGGGGCCUCCGCGUAACAAGAGCAGCGGUUCAUGGUCGAUACAGUCGGAGAUUCAGACACAAAUAAUUGAGGCAUGAAAAAAAUUCCGUUCUUCGAUUGCUAAUUUUCAUGUGUCUAGUCCAGUAUAACCAUUUUUAGACGAUGAAAAAAAGUUACGAUCUUUUGCAUCUUGUGAUGCAUACAAUAUAACCAUAUUUUCGAAAUUAGCAUUGCUUUUGUCC